AUAUCUAAUAAGUCGACUAUACUUGGUAAUUAGAAAAGUAUUCUGCAUCGUUGAAGUGAACAACCAAGAUGGACAGCCUAUAUGAUCUCCCUCCAACUAUUGAAAUGGAACAGAGGGUUGCCACCGAGGAAUCCCAUAGGAGAGCCCCGGCGCGAAUGGACAGUUUCAUCUCAGACGUUGAAGUGAAAGCUAAAACCGACAAACUUUCGUAUUGCCUGCUCGUCUCCAUAAUUCUCCUCAUUGUAGCUUGUACAUCUGCAGUCGGUUAUAGCGUAUACAUGAUGUUUCAGAUGCAAAACAAUCUCGACGAACUAGCAGUGGAAUUGAAUACCACUCGUGCAGACGUCGCCAGGAACUCCGAGGUCAAUAUAACCUACCCAGUCUUGAACUUCACGGCUACUGCAAACAUUACCGAACUACAAACUCAGUUUACUCAACUGAAUGGCACCGUCGUCUCUCUCAUCUCAGAAAUGACUGCAUUGCUUGAUGAAAAGAUGAAUGCAAUUAACGCUACUCUGGUGGAGAUCCGAAACAAUACAAAAACAUGCAAUUCUACCGGUUAAACAUGAUUCUUGAAGAAAUGCGACCUAUUUCAUCUAUAUUUCAUCCGGUCUAAUGAUUCACCUCUGACCUUUAGAAGCGUAAUCUUUUCUUGAACGAUACAAAAUGUUUCUACAGCUCUGACGCAAUAGGAAGCACCACCGCCGAACCAUUCAGCGCCACAACUUCAAAUACUACACUGUUUAGCUAGUGCUGUUCGCUGCAAUAUGUAACAAAAUUACUUCUCUUGGUUCAGUGUAAAAUAAGGCUUGGCUUUUCUAAUCUAAUAGUGAAUUAUUCAAAUUCGUUUAGACGAAAAUUUAGUUUAAAAACGCAUUGUUUUUGUUCGCUGAAUGUCGAGGUGAAUCCCUGAAUGUUUUUUUAUUGGACACAUGUUUUAAAAUGCAAUUCUGAUAUAUGGCCCUUUUCUUCUACACUAUUAUGCAACCUAUUUCUUACUGUGUGCGAACCCUCAGCGAACUAUGUAAGUGAUGUUUUUUUGCGAGUUAUUAUUUUAUCUGGAAGACUCUUUACAAUAAAAAUACCACAUACAAUUACUUAUCUUCCCAGUAUUCAAGAUUCGAUUAAAAAAAUAUUCGAUUUGAUUUGAAAAAAUAAAAUUCGAUUCCAUUCUGAGAUCAUCAGGUAUUCGAAUGAAUGCCAGAAUGCCCAGUCCUAUUUAAAGGCCGAUCGAUAAUUUUGAACAAUUUCUAUAUUUCAUCACUUUUGUGCGAGCGAGUUAUAUUCUUCCGUUAUGUGACGUUAGUGAUAAAUCAAGGUAUCUUUGUAAUAAUCACCUAUAAUUUUACGUUCAUCAAUCAUUUUUGCUACUAUUUGCUAAUAUUCUCGUAAAUCAGCUGUGAAUUUUGAAUGCUAUUUAUUAAAUUAGGUGUAAUUUAAGGUUUGGAUUUGUUUGAACAUUGAUGAAUACAUCGAAAUACUUUGUCGGACAUAUAAAGUGUUCCUAAUUUUUAUUAUGUUUUCAUGUGGAGAUUUAUAGAAGUUAUUGAUAUUGGAGAUGUUUUAUUUGAUGAUUUUUCUUCGUUUCUGUAUAAUUUCCUUCAUUACUUUUUGUCAAGUUCUUCUUGCAGAGAAAUUAGUAAAUAUUUUGUCAUAAUUUUUUUUUA